AUGGCUAUGCCUGAUAAGCAUAGAGUAUCGAUCAAUCCACAGGGGAAAAAGACCAUUGUGAGUUUAUGGGGGCAAGAUUCCGCUGUUGAAUUAGGUCAAGCUAACUUGAUGAAGAAAGAUAGCAUGAACAAAGCAGACGAAUCUCUCAUCAAAUCUACCAAGCAGCCAUCACAAUCUGCUACAUCUAGAAGCGAAGUCGUGGAUACAACGAAUACCACAGUAGUUGGUACAGUCCAAAGUUCAAGCAGAAAUGAUAUCACAAUGAAAAAUCACCUCGGAAAGGAAGUAAGAGUGAGUCUCGACUUUGGCUCAAUGAGAAAUGGACUAUCUUCAACUGAUGAGGAUUCUGAAGAGGAGAAUGAAUUAGAGACUUUUUCUCAAAAAGCCAUGGCAAUAUAUGAGGACAUUUGGGGGGAACGGCACUUCUUUGAUCUGCCAGAAGCAGACAACGACGAUGAAUUUCUUAACCUGCAAAAAGAAAGUCCCAUUAUUCUCACAGAAGACAACAUUGAGGAAGAUGAGGAGGUUCCCAUGAUAUACAACGAAAUUCAGCCCUCUGGCAAUGUAUGUUUCUCAUAUGCAAGGGAGGAAAGAGAUCAGGAGGCAGAAACCCAGUCGAUAAUGCCAAUUGACCCAGAAUUCGACGAGAGUGUCGGGAAUAUUCAAGGUUCUACAACAUCAUUAUCCUUAGUUCAAAGUCCUACUAUUGAUUCUCCUGGUAUGUCAUCACAAUAUUACCAAAGCCGUUCCACCUAUGCAACAAUUCCGCCUUCUUUCGAUAAAAUCUCCAAUACCAUGAGACAAACAGCUGUGCUUGAACGAUCUUCUGAUAUUUCAUUCUCCUUAUUGUCAGAUAAAGAUAAUAGACACAAAUACAAGCGCAGAGAAGACUUGUCUUAUUCGAUGAUGACAUCAAGACCCUCGAGUCGUCGCAGAGAGAAGAAUAAUAUCGACAUAAUAAUUGAAGAGCACAACAAGAAGCAUGCUGGAAAGUUAGGAGUUACACAAGUCAUUUCAAAACCACUAUCUCCUAAGGUCAUUCAGAAAAAGCCAACUAAACAAAAGGGGCAUAAACAUUCUGGAAGUUUAGAAGGAUUCAUGGUAGAAUGUCAAGCUCAGCACAGUGAAUCAAGCUUAUCCAAUAUCUAUCAGGAAUAUCGGAUUGAUCAUGAUGAACCAACUCAGUCCUGGAUGUUUGAAGAGGAAGAUUCUUUCCACCAAGUGGGCCAGGUACAAGAAGUGUCUCAGAAUGUAGACUCUAUCCAGCACAUGGGCCAUAUGGGACAGAUACCUCCAAAUUCGGAGUCUUUCCAGCACAUGAGGCAGGGAGUGACCAGAGCAUUCACGCAUGAAGUGCAAAAGUUUAAUUUCGAUUGUCAAUCCCUUCCGUCACCUCAACGCAUGGAUACCCAACAACCAAAUGAUUCUUUCCAGCAAAUGGGCUAUACACAUUAUGAUUGGGGCUCGUAUCCCUCCAAUUAUAUAUCAUUUCUUGAUGAAACACACUCGCCGUUAUUUCCAGAGAGAAACUUAUGGGCACCUCGAGCAACCGCGACUCUAUAUAAUCAGUCGCACUAUCAAUUUCAGAUGCCUACCGUUCAAACACAGGGGUUUGCAACUCAGCAGUACAUAACUGUGAGAGAUGGAAAUUGUGCCGCCGUGUCCCCUUCUGAAUCUUUCGGGUCCGAAAGAGGAAGUGGCCAAUCUUCUGAGGCAUCAACAAGCCCUUCGUUCUCUCCUUGUCAAUUACAAACCGCUUACACACAUAGGCCAGAAACGAUGCAGGAAUGGGACAGAUAG